UUUUUUUCUUCAUGUUUAUGUUUUGAAUCUUUUUAAAAGGUCUAGUUGUUUGUUAAUUGUUUUCUAUGUUUCUAAUCAUUUGAAUAACUUUCGAAAUAGAAAAUGGCCUCUCAAGAGAAGGUUAAGUCAUCUUCGGACGACAAACUGUUGGACAUUGAUCUUGAUGUUGAUCCAACUGAAACCACUGAAGGAAAGGAAGGAUUAACCAGCCUUGUGUCAACCGUUUCUUCAUUAUUCCAAAAGGAUGAUAAUAAAAGGAUUACCAAAAGGAAUGAACCUUCAACUGUAUUCGGUGAACUUGGUUUAUCCAGUGGUAAACAGGACAAGGUUGAAAUUCACCAUCUACUGAAUAGUAUUGUUGAUAAAACUGGUAAAAUUAAGAAACAAAUCCGAAAGAUAACCCAUAAGAAGUUACUUCCAUUGCCUCUUAAUACACCAUUGACCAAGAAGAUUGAAAGACAAGUUAAUUAUGGAGAGACUGUUAAAGAAGUUUCUAAAUGGGAACCGAUUGUCAAUAAGAAUCGUGAAGCUCCUCAGCUUAGUUUUCCUCUGGAAAAGCCACAAGUAAAUGUUGCAGCAGCUGAUAGUAAAUUCAAUCUCAAAAUGUCCAAUCCAUUGAAAACAGAGAUUGAUCAACUACUUUCAUCUUCAAGUCAUGUUAUUAAAAAGGAAAAGGUUCUUACCGAUGCCGAGGAGAAAUAUUUGAAUCAGAUGAGCAUUGAAGAAGCUCGGAUGAGACAUGCAAAGCUACAGAAAAUGAGGGCUUUGAUUGGCUAUCAAGAGGCGAAAUUAAAGAGAAAAGCAAAGAUAAAGUCGAAAAAGUAUCAUAAAAUGUUGAAGAAAGAAAAACUGAAAAACGAGAUGAAAAAUUUUGAACAGUUGAAACAUAAAGAUCCGGGAGCUGCUUUAGAGAAACUGACACAAUUGGAUAAGAUGAGAGCUCUUGAAAGAGCGAGUUUGAAGCAUCUCAAUUCGGGUAAAUGGGCAAAACAAAAUCUUCUUCGAGCCAAAUAUGAUACGAAAACACGAGAAGAUAUCAAGGAGCAAAUGCAUCUCAAUCAAACUCUUCUUCGUAAGGCUGUGGUUGAGGAGGAAGAAGAAAAUGAAGAUGAAAUCGAUGCAACAAAUGAUGAAGAUCUUGGAGAAGGUGAAAUCAUGAUGGCAAGUGAUGCUUAUGAUGAUAAAAUAGCAGAACCCAAUCCUUGGUUAAUAAGAAGCACCGCUAAUGGUCAGAAAUCUUUGUUAACUUCUUCGGAGAUUAUUGCUGAAAAUGAGCAAGUUGCUGAUGAAGAAGAGCCAGAAAAGAUUAUCAGUCCAAUUGAAGAGACUAAUCUAGUUAAGAAAGCGAUUAAAACGAAAAAGUCAAAAAAAGAAAUCACUCCAAAAGACAUUGAACACAAAGUAAAAGAAAAAAGAAAAGAAAAGGUUAAAGUUCUGACGAAAAAAGCUGAUGAUGAGGAAGACGAAGAGGAAGAGAAUGGUCAAGCGGAAGAAAAUGACCAAGAGGAAGAGGAGCCGAAUGACAACAUUACGAUUGAUCCAAAGAAAAUCUUAAAUACUAAAGUGCAAGUCUUACAAACGACUAUUCCGGAUUAUCACGAGAUGGGAGCUGAUGCGGACACAGAUGAUGAAGAUGCCAAUGUAACAAGUGACGAUGAUGACGAAGGACAAAGAAAACUGAUCGCCGAAGCCUUUGACGGAGAUGAUGUUGUGGUUGAAUUCGUUCAAGACAAACGGGAGAAAAUGGAUGAAGAACAAGAGAAAAGUGUUAAUAAUUAUCUACCUGGUUGGGGAUCUUGGGCUGGGCCCGGUGUUAGGACCAACAUUCGAAAGAAGAAACAAUUUAUUCAAAAAGCGGAAAAAAGAAAACGUCUCGAUGAAAAGCUUCACAAUGUCAUCAUUUCGGAAAACAAGGAUAAAGCGAUCGCCAAAUUCAUGGUAAAAGAAUUACCUUAUAAUUGUAAAAAUGUUCCCGAGUUUGAGAAAAAGUUCAAUGCACCGAUCGGCCCCAAUUGGAAUCCUGAAACGCAAUUUAGAUUUAAUAUUGAACCUAAAAUAAUCACUGAAUUAGGUAAAAUAAUUGAACCAAUUAACGAGAAGGCUUUGAUCAAUAGUAAACCAGGAAAUAAACGUCGACCUUUGGAUCAAGUGGCCAAAACAUUGGGCGAUGUAAUUCCAGUUUAAAUUGUUUUCUAUUCGUAAUUUAAAUCUAUUCUUAUCCUGUAAAUUAAAUCAAUUUAAAAUUCUAA